AUGGCUGUAAAAAACUUGUGCUCAUGCUCAGGCAGCAGAGCUCGUCAGCAGCAGCUUCCAUUCUUCUGCUUGGCCCUCUCACUGCAUGCCCCUUAUCAUGCCAAUUCUCUCUCCUUCAGCUACAACUACAGCUCCUUCAACCCCGAUGACUUCAGGCCGGAGGACGACGCACGGGCACUCGAUGGCAGGAUCGAGCUGCUCGGCGACGAGUUCGCAGGGCGUGCCAGGGGGCGGGCGUGGCACAAGCAGCCGGUGCAGCUUUGGGACGGCACCACCGGCGAGGCUGCCAGCUUCACCGCGAACUUCAGCUUCAGCAUCCAGUCAGUGCCUGGCAAGGGCGCUGCAAGCGCCGGGCACGGCAUGACGUUCUUCCUCGCGCCGUACACGCCGGACCUGCCGCAGGAGUCCUACGACGGCUGCCUCGGCCUCUUCGAUGAGAGCGAGGUGCCUAACUACUCCAGGUUCAACGCGUCCGGCGACUCGAGGUUCGUCGCCGUGGAGUUCGACAUCCACAAGGACAUCUGGGACCCGAGCAGCCAGCACAUCGGCAUCGACAUCAACAACAUGGACUCCCGCGGCGACUACACGGUGUUGCCAGACGGCAGCCUCGUCGACGCCGGCGUGGUGUUCGCGACAGUCGUCUACGACAACCGCACGCGCGGUCUUGACGUCACCCUGAUGGUCGGAAGCGCCACUUACACGUCCGUAGCCACCGUGGACUUGAGAAGCUUGACGCCGGAGAAAGUCGCAGUUGACUUCUCGGCGGCGACAGGCGACGAGUACGCUGCAAACCACACGGUUCUCGUUCGUCUCGACGUUGGCAACCAAGAACAGCACCUCCAUCCCUGUGACCUCGUCCACCAAGAAGACCACUCUACAACUCAGCGCCGGAGCGGCCGCCGCCGGGUUGCUGGUUCUCCUGCUCGUCGCCACCGUGGCGGUGCUACUAGUUCGGCGGUCAAGCAGAAGGGGCAAGCAACCAUACGACGAAGAGAAGCUAACCACCGACGGCGACGACUCCCUCGACGUCGUCGAUGA